UCAGUUUGCCUGAGUGGCAAGUCGAAUUAAAGAUUAGGUUUCAGCAGAAACGAGGCUUUGUACCUAGAUUUAAGCCAAUUCUCACAUCUUAUUAUAACUGGAAAAGUCAUCAUGUUAUCAAUAUGUACGGAAACAAGAUUAAAAUUAUAAUCAUGAAGACCACUGUAAUUCCGCUGUAGUCUUGGUCAUAUCAUCUGCCAAUCUGGUGCUGUUUAUUAUUGAUUGCAUUGCAAUGGGCAGUGGUAUGCACAUACUCGUUUUAUCAAUAUAUCCAAGUUUAAAUUUUUGCCAGGUGUAAGCGCAUUUGGUUACAGUUAGAUGAAUAAUUAUCCUUACAUACCAAUUUCUGGCUUAUCAUGACUAAGAAAUGACCUUUUAUGAAUGGCCUUGUUCACACAGCGGUUUUAACAAAGACUCCAAAUUGGGACUCCGUAGUCCAAACUAUGGUUUUGCUGAAAUGAGAAGAUAUUUCACCUGCAAGGCUGUAUGUAAGUAACAGUGGAAAGCAUUUUAAGGACUUUCAUAAAAUUGUAAAAAAAAAAACUAUGGAUAAAGAAGAAUCAGAAGGAACUAUUUUAAGUGAAGAGGGAGAUGAAGAGUUAGGUAGUGAGGAGAUGGAAACUGAAGGAUCAGGAAGUGAAGAAGAGAGUGAGGGUUCUGAGGAUGACGAUGAUGAUGAAGAUGGGGAGGAAGAGUCAGGUGAAGAUGAUGAUGAGGAUGAAAGUGAAAAUGAAGGGGAGAUGGAGGAGGAUGAAGAUUGGUCCACUGAUGAGGAUGAUGAAGAUGAGGAAGGGGAGGAUGAUGAUGAUGGUGAUGAUAAUGAAGAAGUUGAGAGUGAGAAAGAUGAGAAAACUGGUGCUAAGCUGCUUGAGGAGCAGAGUGACUCUGAUGGGGAGGGGGAAACAUGCCCUAUCUGUCUGAACAGGUUUCGAGAUCAAGAUGUGGGGACCCCAGAGUCGUGUGACCAUGUUUUCUGUCUGGAGUGCAUUCAGGAAUGGGCAAAGAACACAAAUGCAUGUCCUCUGGAUCGUCAGGUGUUCAAACUGAUACUGUGUAAACAUGGAAUAGAUGAUGUCAUCUACAAAAAGAUUCCUGUUGAAGAGCGUCAUCUAACUGAUAAUGUUGAAGAGGAGGAGCAGGAGGCAACAUAUUGCGAGAUGUGUCACCGUAGCGACCGGGAGGACCGCCUACUGCUGUGUGACGGCUGUGACGAGGGUUACCAUCUCGAUUGUCUCACUCCACCCCUCUUGGCUGUACCCGUAGAUGAGUGGUUCUGUCCACAGUGUGCUCAUAGACAAGCUCAAGAGCAAGCCCAGGAAGAGGAAGAUGCCGAUUAUGUGAUGACAUCUGGCGCCCACCCACGACGUCAAAUUGGGCGCACCAUGACUCUGCAGCGCGUUAGACACGCGAUUGAAGAGAUACGAGAGGCUCGGACUCGUAGGAUGAGAAACCGGGCUAUCGUUUCUGAUGAGGAGGAUACAAGUGACAUUCACGAGCCACAAGCUGGAUCUUCAUCAACUACAGUGAGAAAAUCCACCCCAAGGAAAUCCCCAACAAAGAGAAAAACCACAAGAAAACGCAGAAAAACGACCCGGAAAAGAAAAACUACCAGGAAGAAAAAAAGUACUAAAACAAAAAGUACAGGAAAAACACCAACAAAAAAGACAACAACAAAAACAGCAAGUGGAAAAAGUCCUGCUAAAGGAACUAAAAGAAAAACAAGAAGAAAGAGAAAAACAAGGAAGAGAAGGACAAAGAAGAAAACAUCAAGAAGAGCGCGUACAGCAAAGCCAGCUCUAGUGUCAACAGCAAAGAGCCGAAUAGCAGGAGCAUUGGGACUCUCCUCUCCUCCAGUUGGCUGUACCAUCCCCCGCCAGAAACUAAAAGUCGAGAAAACUUUUGAUAUGAUUCGGGCUGAGAGUGGAGCUAGCACAUUCUCCAUAUUUGGAAAUAGAGAGGAACUCCAUCAUUUUGAUGAUGAGUGUGAUACUCCAUCUCCAAAUCCUCCCCAGAGUAAAUAUUCUCGACAGGCACUUAGUUCCCACAAGCCAAUAGGCAGAAUACCACAGGCUAGCCAGAAGCAACCCCAAUCCACCCCAUCCCAGCCCCAAUCAUCAAACAGCGGGGCGAGUGGCGGGCCGCUAGACCUGCUAAGCUCCAUUAUGGAGAGCCAAAAACGGCUCAACCUCUCGGGCAAACAUGUCACCAUCAACAGGGAUGGGUCUCUGAUCACUAAAACAGAGGAUUCCUCAUCAAAGUCAUCAGAGAAGCCCCAAUCUUCACAGACAUUAUUCAGGUCUUCAUUUGCUGCAGUGGAUAUGACCAAUGAAAAAACCCCAUCUGUUCUGUCAACAUUAAAAACUAAAAAUGAUGAUAAUGACGUUUAUGAUCCUGCUCAUCCGACAGAUGAGUUAGAAGACUGUGAAGCAGAGUUUAGUGAUGAUAGUGAUGCUAAACCUGUGGAUGUAAAUAAUAGUGAGAAAACAAAUGAAGGAGCUGCUGACACUAUUGAUGAAUAUGAUCCUGCUCAUCCGACAGAUGAUGUAAGUUCUGAAGAUGACAACGUUGAAAGUGCUGAGGAGAUACAGCCUAAUGUUAAUGAGACUGAUACAGAUGGUGGUGAGAAUGAGGGUAGUAGUAGUGAUGUAUUAAAAACUGAUUUUUCUGCUUUACAAGAUACAAAUGAAGAUUCUUUGGAUUUUGUUUUAGCAAAAGGCACUGUUGAUGAAGAUGACUUUCAGUUAGAAAAAGAUACUGAUGAAUUACAAAAGGAAGAUACUAGUUCUUCUAAAAAUCUUGAAGCAGAUGAUACUUCUGUAAAAUGUGUUGAUCUUAAACCUGAGCUAAAACCUGAAAAAGUUUCAACUGAAGUUCAACUCGCACCGCAGAAAAAAAUAGAAAAAGAACAAGUUGAGUCUAAACCUAUUGUUGAAAAUAAAGACUUCGAGGACUCUGACAGUAAAAAUAAGAAGAAAUCCCCUGAAAAACUCUCCCCUUUAAAAAUCCUUUCAAAUAUUUCGCCAAAAAAGUCACCAAGUAUCAAAGUAACAGAAACUAGUAAAAAAUCACCAGGUAGUGCUAAACCAUUUGAAAUUAACAGAAAAGCUCUUUUUGAAAAACAAAGAUUGUGGGGAAAAGUUGAUUUCUCUGCAGAUGUUGAUUUUAGUGAAGGAGCAUUUCCUGAAACGUUUAAACUUGAUACAAAAACAAUUGAAGAUGCAUUUAAAGAUACUAAAGCUAAAGCUGAAAAAUUGGAGCCAGAAGUAAAAGCGAUUGAUAAUAAAGAUUCAGAACCUGAAGUUAAAGAGACUAAUCUGAAAGGUAAUGCAAAAGCGGAAAAAGGUUCAUCUAUAGAAAAGGACUGUCCUAAGGAAAAAGUAAAAGACAGUGUAAGUAAGUCAAGUGAAAAGGUGAAAGGAGUGGAUAAUGUAUCUGAGGAUUUAAAAGGUGCUAAGACUGAAUCUAAGUCGAAAAAAUCUAAAGAUGAAAAGGUUUACUUAAGUGGUAAGUUUAAGCCACUUGAUAAAGAUGAAAUUUCUUCGAGUAAGAAAAUGACUGUUAGUGAUAGGUUUAAGAAAAUAGGUGAAUCUUCAAAAGUUAGUGACACUAUUGAGGAAGAAGAUCCUAUACAUGAAAUGCGGAAGUUAGAUAAACAGUUGUCUCUAGAAUUUGGUGAGUCUGAUUAUGGAAAGAAAAAAGACAAAGACCAAAAGAAAGUAAAACGAAAAGUAAGUGUUGAUAGUGAGGAGGUUUAUAUAGAAAAGAGACAUAGAAAAGAGUCAAAAGACGGCAGGAAGGUUGAUCUUGGUUACAAGUUAGUUCAUGAGGAAUAUGAAGAGGGUGAAGUUGAUGAUGAUGUUAAGACGAGAGAAAAACGUAAGAAAGAUAGAAAGAAGAAAAAGUAUUCUGAUGAUAAUGAAGACAUUGACACUAGAAUAGUGAUUCAGGUAACUCAAAAUACGGAAAAUAGAACUGUUUGGGAGGAAGAUGAAAAAGAGAAAAGGAAAAAGCGAGGCAGGGAAGAUCGUAAGAGAGAGAACGAUAGAGAUAAAGAUGGUAAGAGAGAUAGAAAGCACAGAAGAGUCAAAUCAAGGAGUAGGUCACAUGAACGAAAAAAUAGAUCUCGGUCGAAAGAUCGCAAAAGAUCUACAUCUCGUUCUAGAGAUAGAUUACGAAGAAAACGCAAGGACAGAAGCAGAGAUAAAAGUGUGUCAAGAGACAGAUCUCUGGAUAGAUCUCAUAAGAAAAAGAAGAAGGAUAAAAGUAGGGAAAGGAACAGAAGUAGAAGCAGGGAAAGAGAAAGAAGUAGAAGGGAAUGGAGUAGAGAGAAGAGUAGAGAAAAAGAAUGGAGCCGAGAGAGAGAUUGGAGUGCGGAGCGAGGUAGAGGUCGAGAUAGUAAAAGAAGUAGGGAAGACUCUUUUGAAAGGGUGGACAUAUUUGGUAGAGCAAAAAGUCCUUUUAGUAGGAAAGAGUUUUUGAAAGUUAAAGAAAGGGAUCGUAAAAAUUCAGGCAAACUUAGUGAUUUAUUGGACAAUGAUAUGUCGUUAGUAAAGAAAAGUAGAUAUGAUGAAAUUUCUUCAGAUUCUGAUAAAAUGUCCCCUGAGACUCUAAAUAGAAUCGAAAAAAUUGAAACAGUGUCCAGAAUUGAAACAUCUAGAGAUAGAGUCGCUCUUCCAUAUGUUGAACAUGAAGAUAAGGAUGAUGAAUUUGAUGAUGAGCCAGAGGAAACUGAACAGUUCCAAUAUACGGAUAGGGAUGAGUUUCUGGGUCAAAACAAAAGCAAACAACAAAGGCAAAACCUUAUUACAAUUGGUGUUUCUGGUGACUUUGACCCAAAGAAGCCCCAGCCACCAUUGCCAGAGCCAUUAUCUGCACCGACCCCUCCUCUCCCCCCUCAGUUCCCACCACCUCCCCCGGGCCCCCCACCACAGGGCCCACCCCCAGGCAGUAUUCUUAUUCAGGAACCCCCACCCGGACAGGGAAUUCUGGGUGAGGGGCCAAUAUUGCUCCAGGGUCCUCCACCGCCUAUGGAUGGACCACCUCCAGGAUUGCUACAACAGAGACCAAACAUAUCACUACCAAUGAACAUAAAUGUUAUGCCACCAGGUUUUCAUAGAGGUUUGCCUCCUACAAUAACACCACAGAGACAGCUUAUUAUGAGUCCCAUGAGGCAAGCUAUACCACGGAUGCAUCCUAGUCAGUUUGGAGGUCAAAGGUUACCUGGACAGUUAAUAAAUGGGCCAUUUGAGGAUGGUCCGCAUAAUUUUCCGCCAGGUCAUCCUCAGUUCUCUGGAGUCAGUGGAGAGCCACCUCAGCAACUUAUUCCAAUCUCAACAAACACGCCGCCACCGAACAUAGUGUCAAUCUCUGUUGAUGAAUCUAACCAUGUGCUAGCCCCACCCCGAGGGCCAGAAUCCCGGCUAAUCCACCUUGGACCUGAUCCCCGGGCACCCCCACCCCGUCUACCCAUCCCUCUACUCCCCACAGCUUCAGAGGCAUCCAUCUCGGCCAUGGUUACCAGACCACCGCCCAGCACUAGUAUGAUGUCUAUGCCACCGCCUUCUGGCAACAUUGGGCAUCCUCCAAACUCAGUAUCCGCGAUCCUCGGGUUGGCAAGAAUGGGGGCUGGAGCACCACCUAUGGGAGAUCAGAUCAGACCAAUGCAGGCAUUGAAUCAGCUGGAGAAAAUAAGUGAGUUGUUAAAUACCCAGUCCAAACUGAUGACUAUAAAACAUGUUAAUGGUGAUGAGUUUGGUAUGAAUAAGAACAGUUCAGAUGGUGUGUUUAAAGUGCCACUGCCUCCUGGCAUGAAAGGAGGGAGGCUUGAACCAGAGACUAAUGAGGUUGUAGACAUGGAUAUGGGAUCUCCGAUCAUGGAUGAGGGGAACAUUGAACUUCCGGUCUCGCCACAGUUUGAUAACCUCAUUGACAAUCCUGAGGAUCUGCUUGAAGAAGACUUCAAUAAGAAAAUGCAAAAACUGAAUGAUAAAGACAGCGGCAGGCAUGAAAAUAGUGAGAAAGACAAGAGUGCAACUCCAGCUAAGAUAAAGGACUUAAAAGAAUCAGAAUCAGGGAAGAAAGAUUCUCCGAAGAAGUCGCGAGAAGAUCGCCACCACAGGAAACAUUCAAAGGAGAAUCGCCACCAUUCGCGUCGACACAAGGAGGUUGGAGACCAGGACUUGAAGGAGAAAGCUCUUAAAGAUGCUCACAUUGAUCUCGACUCUCAUGACGUGACUUCUGCAGUGGAAAUGACCAACAAAGAAAAGUACUUGAAGAAGCUCCACCUGCAGGAGCGUGUUGUGGAGGAAGUGAAGAUGGCCGUCAAGCCAUUCUACUCCAGUAAACGCAUCAACAAAGACCAGUACAAGGAGAUUCUCAGGAAAGCUGUGCCCAAGAUAUGCCAUAGCAAGAGUGGAAACAUCAACCCCAACAAGAUCAAGAACCUUGUUGAGGCGUAUGUGGACAAAAUGUCUAAGCCCGACAUGGACUCCCCGCCAUCGGACGAUAUCUCCCCCGGCCCAAAAGCAAACGGGGAGCGGGUUAAAACAGUCAAAACAGGGCGGUGAUGAAUCGGUGUUCAAUAGAUGCAGCAAACAGUGUACAGUUGUAAACCAUACAUGGAAUUGUGUAAUAUACUGAGCUUUCAUAAAGAAGUAUUGUGCUUAAGACAUAGAAUUAUGAUUGGCUUGAUUACCAUGUUUAUAACAUGAGUGAACAUUUUAAUAGUGGAUUAAUAGAGGAUCAUUUGAAUGACAUUGAUUAGGAAUGUUUGAAAGAUGUAUUAUAAAUGUAUGAUAAAAUAAUAAUGCAUUUUCAUGUGUUAUUUGCAUACUUCUUUAAUUGUUAAAUGUGUUGAUUAACCUUUUGGGUAAACCUGCUUUGAAAGCAAAAUUUGAAUUUAAAAUUAUGGACUAUAAAUAACGUGUUUUGAUAAAGUAUUUGCUCAUUUGUGAAUAUGACAAUUUUAGAUUUUCUUUUAAGUUUUUAAUCGACUGUUUCUGAGGCUUUUCACUUUUGAUGUUUUGAUUUCGUUUAUUUAUGGAAACUUAAUAGGAAAAUGAUGGUGCAAAGGAAAAGAUCAAAGGAUUUGGAUUAAUAGAGCAAUAGUGAUUUUGUGUUCUGCUGAAAAUAAUAAUGCCUGUCCUUUUUAAAUGAAAGGCAUAAUUUUCUACAAUUUCUACAUUAAUAUAUCUUUAAUCAUGAGAAACAAUGAAAGAAAACAAAGGGAUAAUUAUGGUUAUCUUUGAUCUUGAUCAACACAAUUUUCACUAUUUUUCAUAAAAUCUUAUUUCUGUCAAAACUUCAAUAAAAUUACAUGACAGGUGUAGAAAUAAUGAUAUUAUAUUCAUUUAUGUUCAAAUUUCGAGCUGUCAUAGACAAUUCCUGCUUAAUUUUCAUCAACAACACAAACCAAGUGCAAAUUGAAAUACCUGAAAUAACAAUGUUAUCUCUGACAGCAUGCUGUGACUGAUAUGCAAAAAUGCUAAAAACCAUUGUAAGGAACUGUUAUAUUAGGACAUGUAUUCUAAAUAAACUAGUCUGCACAAACUCAGUAAUAAGACCACCCUCAGUAAUAAGACCACCCAGCUUUUAAGACCAUUUUCUCAAAGUCCCACAGGUGGUCUGAAUAGAGGGGUUUUACUGUAUUUUUUUGAAAUGGUUAUUUUGUUAAGACAUCUUUUAAUACGUAGUCAAAAUAUUGUUAAAAGUAAAGAAAACAGCAGUAUUUAUUAAUGCUGUCUUGUUUUACCUCUGCUGCCUUAAAAUAUUACUACUUCAAGCAAAAUCUUCAUGAACACAAAUGAUUUUGUUCCUGCAAAAACUCUUUACAAAAAAACAACAGCUUUGGAUUGUAAUGAAUUUAAUUUGAGAGAAGAAUGUCAUUCCUUUUAUUAAUAGUUUUGCUUUUAAUGGCAUUAUUUAAAAGCGGCAUUUUUAUACUGAAAAAAAUUCUAACAGUUAUUUUGAAAUAGAAUCAUCCUUGUAAAAUAUGCAUUACAUCUCAUCAUGGUAAGAUGUAUUACGGUUAUUUGUGCAUUCUGAUGUACACCCCAUUUGUAUAAAACUGUUAAAAAAUGUCAGUCAUCCUCUUUGAUAAUAAAUUGUAAAAUUGU